AUGACCCACGAAAUUCCGGAUAGACCGUGGAGCAAAAUUGCCAUAGAUCUAUGCAAGUGCCGCGGUAAAGAUUACCUGAUAAUGGUAGACUAUUACUCAGACUACUGGGAGGUGGAUCAGGUAAUUGACACAACAGCAACAACGAUCAUAAACUGUUGUAAAAUACAAUUCAGUCAUCAUGGGAUUCCCGAUUCUGUUAUGUCAGACAACGGUCCACAAUUUGAUUGUGUUGAGUUCAAGAGAUUUGCACAUGACUGGGAAUUCAAUGUAAUUACCUCAUCACCAUAUCAUAGUCAAUCUAAUGGUAAGAUAGAAGCAGCAGUUAAAAUAGCAAAGAGAAUCAUAAAGAAAUCACAAAGAAACAAUGAAGACCCCUGGAAAGCAAUCCUUGAUUGGAGAAACACGCCGACUGAAGGAACGCACCGCAGUCCGGUACAACGUCUCAUGUCACGUCGCACUCGCACGCUACUACCUACUGCAAAUAGACUACUACAUCCAAAAGUAGUUGACGGAGUUGCAGAUGACAUCAAGCAGCGUCGUCGUAAAUCUAAAUUCUACUAUGAUCAACAUGCCGAAACACUUCCGGAAUUACAAAUAGGUCAGCCAAUUCGAAUGAAAGCACUACCUACUGACAGAGAAGGAAAAUGGCAUCACAGAACUGUUACACGACAAGUUGCACCCCGCUCUUACAACAUCGACAUCAAUGGAAACACAUAUCGAAGAAACAGAAAAUUCCUAAGGCCAACGAAGGAAGUGAAAUCACGAGAAAUAGAGCAUGAUACAGAUACCGGCAUAAUACCAUUUGAAUCUCCAACUGGAAAUAUGCAUCGCAACCUAACAACACAACCCAACAAAACACCAUCACCAAUAGUGAAGUUACCGAUGACAACAGAUCUACGGAUACGAACAUCACCAAUACGCUCAAGUACGCGAGCUGUUAGAAUGCCAUCACGCUAUUAA